CAUUGUAACCAGCAGCGAACUGCCAUUCUCGGUUCAUCUUCUAUCCUCCCUAAAAACAGAACCUUCCAUCAGGAGCAAAAAUGGGCAAGUUCCUCUUAUUCUGUGUACAUAUAAUUCUAAUCUACCCGAUUCUCUGCGUCUCAUUCUCUCCGGAUAACCCGACUGAUCGGCGAAUUCUUGUGCUGGUUGAUGAUUUCGCCCUUAAGUCCUCCCACUCCCUGUAUUUUAAGUCACUGCAAUCUCGUGGGUUUGAGCUAGAUUUCAAGCUUGCAGACGAUCCCAAGAUCUCCUUGCAGAGAUACGGCCAGUACUUCUAUGAUGGCUUGAUCCUGUUUUGCCCCACAAUUGAGCGUUUUGGAGGAUCUAUUGACCUUGCUGCUAUUUUUGAUUUUGUUGAUACUGGUCAUGAUUUGAUUAUUGCGGCUGAUGCUAAUGCGUCAGAUUUGAUUCGGGAACUUGCCACUGAGUUUGGAGUUGAUUUUGAUGAGGACCCAGCAGCAAUGGUUAUUGAUCACACUGGCUAUGCUGUGUCUGACACAGAAGGAGAUCAUACAUUGAUUGCAGGUGAUGACUUUAUCAAGUCUGAGGCCAUUUUGGGAAGUGAAAAAAUUGAGGCUCCUGUACUGUUCCAAGGAAUUGGCCAUUCACUGAAUCCUGUCAAUAGCCUGGCCUUAAAAGUUCUCUCAGCUUCUCCUUCAGCAUAUUCUGCCAAUCCAAACUCCAAGUUGUCUAAUCCUCCAUCUCUUAUCGGAUCAAAUAUUGCUUUAGUUUCAGUUGUUCAGGCAAGAAACAAUGCACGAACUGUGGUCACUGGCUCAUUAAGUAUGUUCAGUAACAGAUUUUUCCAAUCCGGUGUCCAGAAGGCUGGGAGCUCAACUAAACAUGAAAAGUCAAGUAACGAGCAAUUUCUGACUGAGCUUAGCAAAUGGGUUUUCCAUGAGAGAGGUCAUCUUAAGGCUGUGAAUGUCAGGCACCACAAAGUUGGGGAAGUGAAUGAACCUUCAAUGUACAGGAUCAAUGAUGAUCUGGAAUACUUGGUUGAAAUUCAUGAAUGGUCUGGGAAAAGCUGGGAACCAUAUGUAGCAGAUGAUGUUCAAGUGCAGUUCUACAUGAUGAGCCCUUAUGUUCUGAAAACCCUAUCAACAGACAAAAAGGGCCUCUAUUCCACCACAUUUAAGGUUCCCGAUGUUUAUGGUGUUUUCCAGUUCAAGGUUGAGUACCAAAGGCUUGGAUAUACAAGCUUGUCCCUUUCAAAACAGAUUCCAGUCAGGCCCUACAGACACGAUGAAUAUGAAAGAUUUAUACCAGCAGCUUAUCCCUAUUAUGGAGCAGCAUUCAGUAUGAUGGCUGGAUUCUUCAUACUCACCGUUGUCCACCUAUACAAUAAGUAAAUUGUGAGAGUGACUGAAUAAUGUGGGAUAGCAUAUGGUUGGAAUCUGAGUUAGGAAUUUUGAUUAAGCAGUAUAGAUACUUAAUGAUGUUUUGGAUGGAUUUUUUUUUCAUUUUUGAGUAAUUAAAGAAAGAAAAUCAUUUUUACCGCCAUGCCCGCCCUGAUAAUUUCCCUUAUUGAACUUGGAUCUUCUUCAUUAUUUUCAUGAUGUACCUGGUUCUGAAGUUCUGUUGGAGAUCUUGUUGUUUUAACAGGCUCCUGAGCCAAAUGUAGCAUGUUUGUUAAAUCACUUCAAAUUUUUUCAGUCAA